UUGGACGUAUUGUAAAAAAUGCAGGGUGAUUAUCAGCUUCCGUUACUACCAGGAUUUAGUUUCGACCAAAACCUUGGUCGAACACAUUUUCACAGAAGGCAGUACUUUGCUAAAGUACAUGAGGGGGUCUAUUACUUGUCAGAAAAAGCUGACAAAGGCGAUCCUGUUAUUUUCCCGUCGAUCUAUGCACGUGGGGAAGCUCAGGAGUUACCAGCAUGGGUUGCCUUCGACGGUCAAAGAUUGAUGUUCAAAGCAUACUUCCAAGAAACGGUGCACGAAAGAUGGAAAACGCCUUAUCAAAUUCGCGUGGUGAACAUAAGUUUCUUCUUAGAGGAUGGGACAAUGAAAGUUAGUGAGCCAACCGUGGAUAACAGUGGUCUAGAGCAAGGAAUAUUAGUAAGACGGCAGAGAAUUCCAAUGCCUGAUCCAGUUAGGUACAGAUUUUAUGAUAUAAUCGAUUUGAACGUUGGCAAAGAACCGGAAAUUUUCGGGAGGGUAUAUAAAAUCGUAGACUGCGACAAAUUCACGAGAACAUUUUUAAAUCGCAUGGGAAUUGCAGUUCCAGAUCCCAUAAAAAUACCUAAAGAUCCUCAUUCAGAACUUCAUAAGCGAGAAAUGUUCCCGAAAAAACCGCAAAGGAAGGUGGACACCCGGGGUGAUUUCAUGAAAUACGAUAAACAAGUGCUUCGAUUCUAUGGCUAUUGGGAUGAUACGGAUAAUCUCUAUGGAGUCGUGCAUGAUCUUGAAUUACAUUACUAUCUCACUGACUGCACGAUAGAACUUAUAGAGAACGUGCCGCCGAAUUCCGGGCGAGAUUCGGGGCCCCUGUUCUUGCGACGAAUGAGAGUCCCGAAAUUGUUUACUGCAAUUGAUCCGAUCGGAUCCGGAGAUCCUUUUACUGUCCUGAAUGUUAUGGGAGAGGAUACGACUCACGGUUACUAUACGGUAGACCCAUUGAACGUUGGGAAACAUCAUCAAGAGUUUUAUAAAGAGAACGAGUUGGGCAUCGGCGCUCAAUUAAAUAUUUUUGGCAGAACUGUCGUUAUAACAGACAUGGACGCCUUCACAAAAGAAUACUAUAGACAAAAAUAUGGCUUGACCGAUUGUACACCUAUUGAAAGACCUCGUAAAGGUGAUGAAAUUUGCGUGAAAGUAGAAAGAUAUAUUCCACCUUAUAAUGGUUUUGGUUCGUUCGAGGACUCCCUUGGAAAUUGUUUCAGAAUGAUACCGCAAGCACCUAAGACUGAUAUUAUUAAAUUCCUGCACUAUGAUAAACAAGGUUUCGACAGUCACGUUCUGAGAUUCAGAGCAAAAAUGAUAUCGAAUAUACCCGAAAACGCUGGCAGACAGUUCAUUAUAAGAGCGUUCCUUAUGGACGACACGGUUUCUAUAUUCGAACUGGGAAUAAGAAAUUCAGGUUUUAGGCGAUGCCUCUUCCAGAAAAGGAUGCCGGUAAUGUUGCCGAAUCAAGAGAUAUUCGUAAGCAAGAAACCAGACUAUUACAAGCCGGAAGAUUUCUAUAUCGGAGCUAGGCUCAACUUGAACGACUUUAUCUUCGAAAUUACCUCGGCCGAUGUUUACGCUCUUCGUUAUAUGGAAUUACAUUGCGAUAAGUUCGAGAAAGCUAACGCGAAAUUAAUCAUGGACAAAUUGCGAGAGAUAUUGAAGCCGGUUUAUAAGGAACUUGUAUCGCUUUACGCACCACCGAAAUCAGAUGGAGACGAUCAAAUACUGCCAUACGAAAAAUUCAAGGAAAUGAUUUGCAAGUAUGCAGGAGACAAGAUAGUGCAGCAUGAACUGAUCACGCUCGCUCGGCAUUAUUCUUCUCACGAGAAAAAGGAAUUCCAUACUCGAGAGUACAUAAGACGGCUGAUGCAUACGGAACUUUUACGUACUAUAUGGGACGAUCUUGAUCGUUUGGAGGAAGAUUUACAUCAUUGGGAUAGGAGACGGGCAGGAUUUAUAACGCGCGAUACGCUUUACACUGUUCUUCGAGGUGCUAGAAUUCCGGUUGACGUGGAACUUCUCAAUUCCAUGCUUGAUCAUAUAAAUAAAAAUGAGGAAGGGAAGUUGGAUUAUAACGACCUACUAAGAUUUAUGAACGUGAAAAUUGACCCUCUUCCACCAGCACCGCCCAUAAAUGUCAAGACUGCACUUUGGUGGGCGUCGGAAAGAGAACCAGACUGCGGAGCCGGGAUAAAUUGGUGUCACUUCAUUAAGGAUUUAGAUAUCAAAGACGAAGAAAUGAAUUCGGACGAACAUACGAAGCCUGCAGAUACACAAAUUGUGGCGAAAUGCUAACGUCGAGAAGUUUACACAGUUCGAUAAUUCAAUGGCUUUUAACUUAUUUAUCACGAAUUUUUAUAAGGAAG